AUGGAAGGAUAUAUCCAAAGUGAUCCACGGUGUGUUGGUGUUAAUUCGACAAACAGAAAUAACACCGUCAAUGUUGUGAAUUGGCAAAAGAGUGAAGUUUUCACAAAAUUCAUCAUCCGGCAAGAAAUUGAUGAAAUGAUGACAUAUGCAAAGGUCAAACAAGGGUAUCGAGAGAUAUCAGGGGACGAGCAGAAAGAGAAGGAAUUCUGGGAGAAAGUCGAGAAUUCCAAAAUUCUCUUUGCAAAGCCACAACACAAGAAGUCACGGGUGCCGGGCGAUGUUUUAUGGAAGUCACAAAAAGAUUUGGCGGAUGACGAACUUUGGGAGAAGAGGGGGUUAGUCGUGCCACGGCGAACAAGUGUUGCUUUGUCGAUCAACAAAAGUGGGAAUGCUGCAGUUAUGAGACGUUGUUUAGUCGAGAGUGAGAUCAACGAUAAUGGUGAACGAAUGGAAGAGGCAGAGAUGUAUGACCAAAUUGUAUCAAAAGACCAAAUGGAUAUAAUUGAAACGAUACAAUAUAAUCAGAAUAGCAACUUAAUGGAGGAAGAGCCCGAAAUGAUUUCAAUUGAUUGUAGUCAACUAGUUUUAGUUGAAUAUAAAUUGGAAGAAAAAAUCGAAGUCUUUGAAAGAGAAAUGGAAGACGAUAUUCAACACAUGCAAGAAGAACAAAUCACUACUGAGAACAAAGACCAAACUUGUUUAAAAUUGUUUAACGUAGUGAACAAAGCAGUUAAAAUGUGUUGGGGAUGUUCAAAGGAAAACAGACCCAAAGUGUUUAGCGUUCUUCAAAAACUUGAAAGUGAAGUUAUAAAACAGAAGCAAGGACAAAUACAAAGUGAAGUAUCAGACAUCUAUGAACAAAUGGAAGUAUUGAUCCAUAAAGCGUAUGUCAAAGACAAUAUUUAUGGUGUCAAUACAAGUUUUUGA